AUGGCCCUCCAAGUCAAGGCCUCGCCCAAGAAAGAUGGGCAAGCCCAGGAUCCCCCAGUUAUUCGCUACAAGUCUGUCAACUCCAAGUUUCGAGCCCAGCUCGCCGCAGAGGGCUCCCAACUGGCCAAUGCAAUGAAGCGCGUCCCACCACGCGUCAAGGCCCUUGGUGGCCCCAUUCUCGACGACUUUAUUUCGAUUGCAACGCUCUGUGAUACGCUCGAAUCCAAGGUCGAGGUACUCCAGAAGGAACUGGGCGAGCAGAAGCAGUCGACAGAGAUGUUGAACCAACGGCUAGAGGAAGGCCGUACCACUUUCGACAUGUUGGUGACCCGGUUCACAAACUCGGUCGAACAGGCAACACAACUGAGGCAACAGGUCGACGAGGAGAGGCACGAUACGAGCCAACGCCACCGGGAGACAGGUCGACGCGGAGAGAAUGAUGGCAUCGCAAAUACAAAGGAGCUGGCGACCCUGAGGGCUCAAAUCGCCGAGAUGGACAAAGAGCUCGCAGUGUAUAGGACGAACAGUACCUUGUCCAUCCCAGACUCCAAGUCACGAAAGGAGCAUAAUCGCAAGCAGGAGAUUCAAAAGCUCACUGCUGAGAAUGAAUCACUGCGCGAGGACCUGAAUACCCAGCUCGCGGCGCGACGCACCAUCGAGGAGAAGAUGGAGAAACAAGCAGAUGCGGCAGAGAAGCGCGAUGCCGAGUAUCAAGAUUUGCUGCGCAAGUUUGAAGCCACCAACCGAAUCCUUGAGCGGUCGCAGGACAAGUUGGCUGUUACCAACGAGUUCCUGCAGGUGAACGACGACCUAGCAGCACAUGAUGCUCUCGCGCGGAUUCUCAAUCUCAACGAGGAGAUAUCUCAGCUUGCGGGCAUUUUCGUCGCUCGAUGUUCCUUCCUCGAGGACGGAGACGAAGAGUUCCCGAAUCCAUAUGCGCGUGAAUCUCGUAAUGGAUCCAAUGCCGGAGGAGAAGAGGGAGAAUCUCGACAGCAGGAUCUCGUGCAUCGAUUCCUAUCGCCGCGAUUCCCCCCGUUGCUCAUUAACCAGGACCACGAGAAGCGCAGGCUGUUUUUGGAUUUGGCCAUUCGGGCGUGCCUCGUCCAUUUCAUGGAACUAAUAAUAAACUCGGGAUGCUUUGGACUGCGGGAAGAUUUGGACGCAUUUUUCCUUCAACUUUGGGGAAUUGUCAAAACCCAGCAUCCUCAAGCUACCGCCGGCCGUUGGCGUGCCUUGACCCACCAAUCAAUACGAAGCUCUCCGCAGUUCCCGGUUAACCGAACACUUGUACCCAGCAUGGUUCGCACACUUGGAAGCAUACUGCGGAUGGCACGGGUCGUCCGACCAGAAGUCACCGCCGAAGGUUUCGAGGACGACCUGACGGCGCUUCAUGCCAACGCGGUGGCGCUCGAAAUUGACUUUAAGGAAAAAGUUUUUUCCACAGCAUACACGGCUCGUACUGCUGCCAUGGACACGCCUUUCCUUGCUGUCGAAAUGAUUGAUGUCAGCAUUCUCAUGGACGGUCUGCGGGAAGAGAGCAUGAGAAUGGGGGUCAAGUCGGUUCUCGCGUGUGUGGCUCUCGGACUCACUGCGACCCAGGGGACGGGAACCAAAUCGCGCAAGUCUCUGAGCGGGAAGAAGGGCGAGGUGCGGCAGGAGCCGACAGUUUUACUGGACACGGUACUUUCCUAA